CACUGGGUUGGACUUUGCCACUUUUACUAAACGACAUUCAAAUCCGUUUAGCGUGCGGUGUAUCCGCUUACUUAACUUAAAUAUGCAAAAACGACCGCGAUAUAGGCGUUUAACGUACCAUGCGGUGGCUUGCUGUGGAUUACUUACAGUUGUAGGUAUCCUGGCUUUAAACAGCACAGUUCUUUCGCAGUCUCUUCUGAGGAACAGGCCGAUUCCGAUAUCUAAAGGGAUGCAUGGUGUGAUCUUACCGUCAACUUACAGAUACAUUUUGAACCAGCCGGAACUCUGCGAGAGGAAAAGUCCUUUCCUGGUUCUUAUGAUCCCACUGACCCUUAAAGACACAGAGGCGAGGGCUGCGAUAAGAAGGACGUGGGGUCAAGAGGGCUUGAUUCCAAAUGUGAAUAUUUUGCGAUUAUUUGUCAUAGGUCAGCAAGCACAAAGCAACCCAGUGCUUCAGGAGCAUCUUGAGAGGGAGAGCAAGGAAUAUGGUGACAUCAUUCAAAUGGAUUUUGUGGACACCUACCAAAAUCUCACUAUUAAGACAAUGAUGAUCAUGCAUUGGAUAGCCACUUACUGCCAGUGCGCCUGGUAUGCCAUGAAGAUUGAUGCAGAUAAUUUUCUCAGCGUGCCUUACCUUGUGGACUACCUUCAUGCCCAGGGUGAGUCCUCAAGGAAAGACUACAUCACAGGAUCAGUCAUCAAAAAUGGUCAUCCUGUCAGGAACAGCCGCAGCAAAUGGUAUCUCUCAGAGGACCUUUACCCAGACACCUCAUAUCCCCCAUACUUGUCUGGAGCUGCAUAUGUCUUUUCCACUGACCUGGCCAGAAAAAUAGAAAUGGCCUCUAGGUUUGUGCAGCCAAUUCCACUUGAAGAUGUCUAUGUGGGGUUGUGCCUGCAAGUCCUAGGUAUAAGUCCAGUUUACUCAUCAAAAUUUUUGGGACUCAGGAAUCUUUUUGAAAUCCGUAAACUUAGGUAUGAAAGGUGCACUUUUGCCAGCCGCAUUAUUGUUAAUGGUUUUAAACCACGUGAGCUUCUUUACAUUUGGCAUGACUUUCAGAACUCUAAUUUUACAUGUUAGCAGUAGUGUAGUAGUGUACGCAUACGCAGGCAAUUGUGAAUUAAACAAUCAUAUUUUCUGUUUCAGUAAUAUUGUGUAUUAUGUAUGUAUAACACAACUGCUUGUCCAGUCACUUGUCAUAACUAGACUGGACUACUGUAACGCUCUCAUUGCAGGCCUCCCUGCAUGUGCAAUUAGACCCCUCCAAAUGAUCCAGAAUGCAGCAGCACGUCUGGUCUUUAAUGAACCAAAGAGAGCACAUGUUACGCCACUCCUUGUCUCUCUCCACUGGCUACCGGUUGAUGCACGUAUCAAAUUCAAGGCUCUGAUGCUGGCAUACAGAACAGUCACUGGGUCUGCUCCAGCAUACCUAAAAUAAUUUAUGCAGAGCUACGCGCCCUCUAGAAGCCUGCAGUCGGCUAAGGAACAUCGCCUUGUUGUACCAACACAAAGAGGCACCAAAACACUUUCCCGGACUUUCAGCUUCAUCGUACCAUGUUGGUGGAAUGACCUUCCCAACUCCAUCCAUGAAGCUGACUCACUCUCUGUCUUCAAAAAACGACUAAAAACACAUCUUUUCCAUGAGCACUUAACCAGUCAUUUAAAAAAAAAGAAAAAAAAAUUGUUGCACUUUAUUCUGUUUUGAAUACUAUUAUGAUGCUAGUGAUACUUUGUAAUACAGCAAUUUUCAUACCACUGUCUCCUAAGAUGAUUCGCAUAUGUUUUCCUUCCAUAUGUAAGUUGCUUUGGAUAAAAUUGUCUGCCAAAUGAAUAAAUGUAAAUGUAAAUGUAUAAGCUUAUUAAUUAGAAUAAUUAUGAAGUAUUAGCAAUUUUCAU